GUCCAAGGACUCUACCGCCAAGGCCCAGAACCUCAUCAAUCAAUCCAUCGCUUCCGCCACUGGACCAUCUCCUGGUGCCCACGCGGACUCCCGGGGUGACGAUGCUGAUAAAAAGGUCGGGAAAGGACGAUUCAGUCGACACUUGGGAACGCAAUCCAUCAUUGCGGUUGACGAACGUGAGGAGGUAGCUGAGGAAGAAAAGGAAGAAGACCAUGGAAUGGUGACGGCUAGUGCUGUGGAAAGUGCUGAUGCCGACCCAGCGACAAAUACGAAGCUUGGCAAAGAGAGCACACAUGCUGAAAAAGUCGCCGCAUACAGGAAGGCGAACAACUUCUUGAAUGGAGCUACUUCUCCUCGUGGUUCGAGAAAAAUUAAAUUUAGAGCACAGAAUGAUAGAUCCAAUGGACGAGAUUGGGAGCGAAUGCAGCAGCAAAAAAGUGUCAGGAUCUGCCAAGGUUUACUUUGUAUUGUUGUGAUUGUUGGAGUUGCCGUUGGGUCAUGGCUCGGUUUGGGCAACAACACUUCAGUUGCAACUGAACCAUCCCAAGUCAUCGGGAAUGCCACCAACGAUCUCUCGGAUCUUCCAGUCAGUAGUGAGUCUCCGACUGAAAGUACUUUCACGACUAUAAACAGUGCAACUACCGCACCCAGUGGAGUUCCUAGUAGUCUUGAUGUCCAGUUCUUUCCGCCGUCGGUAGAAGACUGUGAUGCCAUUGCAAAAGGGGAUGCGAUCCAAGGCCAAGACAUACUGCCCGUUCAAAGCUACCAGCUGAACCUGGAUGCUACUCCUCUUAUUCCAAUGGUUUUGAGUUUCUCAGCCGACAUCAUUGAGAACAAACUUGAAGAGCUGCUGGUUCCAGUGCUCACUGGAUGCGAUCGAGUUGUCCGAAAACUACGCGGUGGUCAGUUUGCGCAUCAUCGCCAUCUCAUCGGUGACGCCAUUUUUUCGUAUGCAAUUGGGAAUGUGGUGGUCAGUGCGAUCGGAGUCGAGGGGGCACAAUGCAUGGAGGAUUCAUACACAGGGUGCCAUCGAGUCAGUGUGAAGCUUGACAUUGUGGUGAAGGACGCGGCGGUCAAAAUCUUCGAUGUAUUUGGCGAACUCAGCGCUGUUUUGGGGGGUGGCUCCCUUAUCAAGAAACUUGAGGUGACUACCCUCUAUCAAAGCAUGAUCAUUGUGAAUCUAGGUCCACUUGAUUCAUCAGCAUCUCCUAGUGCCAACGAUGCGGAACCAACGCCAGCGCCAGCAAUUCCAACGUCAGAGCCAACACAGCUACCCACAUUUGCUCCUAUGGCUGAUGAAAGUCGUGCACCGAGUCCACAACCAACCCCUGGACCAAGUUCUCCCCCAACUUCGCAACCAACAGCGCUGCCUACUGUACCUCCAACACAAGUGCUAUCACUAGCACCCACAGUUGCUGUAACUCUACGUCCCACUCAGAAUCCGACUCGAGAAUCGUCUUUGAAUCCAUCUUCUGUCCCUUCGCUCAGUCCAUCCAUGGAACCAACCUUGAGGCCAUCACAACUCCCAUCCAUGGUACCUACGCUUCAACCCACAGAAACUCCGUCUCUUGCACCAAUAGCCUUGUCAACUAAUCGAUGUGAAUACCUUGAGUCCAAGCUUGGAGACAGAGCUUCAUUGCACCAGCUCGCAAUUCAAUGGAUGUGCGAAACGGAUAUAUGGGAGCCCAGUGAAGAAGAGAGUUACCCAGAGCAAUGGCACGAUCGGUAUGCUGUUGCAGCAUUGUUAUACGCUGCAAAUAAUGACAAUCCUGAAACCUUCAACCACAAUGAUCUUGCUGGAGCGACCACACAAUCGACCUGCACUUGGACUUCUACUCAGUAUAGUUUUCUCAGGUGUUCACAAAGCACGGAAGGUUCCAAAGUAACAGCAAUCCAUGUCGGAAGCAUUCUCAACACUGAAGCUGGCUAUCUCCCGGUGGCAAUUGGUCUACUGACGAGCUUGAUGAGUUUAAGUACCGUGCGUACAGGCCAAGGGAUACCAACCGAGAUUGGGCAGCUGAAGGCCUUGGCAUACCUGGGAAUAGGUGCUGUUGGACAACCUGAUUACGCAAAUAUCAAUCAAUAUCAAAGCACCAUUCCAACCGAGAUUGGUGCCCUAACAAAACUUGUAAGACUAUCUUCAUACCAUGGUGGACUUGUGGGUAGUAUUCCAACAGAAAUUGGGGAGUUAAGCCAAAUGGUUUCGUUGGCUUUCUUCAGUAGUGGGAUAGAAGGAUCCAUACCAACAGAAAUUGGAAACCUUGGUCAACUUACUCAUACUUAUGUUGCCUAUAACCCAAAUCUUGCCGGAACUCUCCCAUCAGAAAUGGGAAAUUUGAGCCAACUGGUGGGUGUGAAUCUAGCUGGUAACAAUCUUGAAGGCAUUAUCCCAACAGAAAUUGGGAACUGGGGCCAAGUGAAACAAAUUUACUUCGUUGGUAACAAUUUCAAAGGAAGUCUACAAUCGGAAGUAGGAAAAAUGAGCCAAUUGACUCAGCUUGGUAUUGGUAGUGCUAUUGAAGGAACCAUUCCAUCUCAAAUUUGGAGUCUAAGCCAGAUGAUCAAUCUGAGUAUCGGCUCUCGCCUGGAAGGAACAAUUCCAACAGAAAUUGGAAACUUGAGUCAACUGACAAUGCUUGGUCUUGGCUCUCUCCUGGACGGAACGAUCCCGACAGAAGUUGGGCAAUUGAGCAAGUUGGCCUAUCUCAGUUUUUCCGGCAAUAUUGAGGGUACUAUCCCAACUGAGAUUUUUAAUUUGGAGCAAAUGGUUGGUUUGGCUCUCGCCGGUAGUCUCGAAGGUACUAUCCCAACAGAAAUUGGAAAAUUGAGCCAAUUGAGUCAUUUGAAUAUUCAAAGAAAUAAUAUUGGAGGAAAUAUCCCAUCAGAAAUGGGAAACUUGAGCAGAUUGGAGGAUCUGAUAAUGAUUGGAAACAAUCUCAAAGGCACUCUCCCAACAGACUUUGGCAGACUUACAGCAAUACGUAGACUGUGGCUUAGUAUCAACACACUAACGGGUGCAAUCCCCCCAAUCUUUGCAAGUGUAACGUGUCAGCUUGGGUACAAUUGCUUCAACGACACAGCCAAUGGUGUUUCAGUGGGUUGUUCGGUCGAUACCUCACCACAACCAAAGUGUGUCUAA